AUGGCCCCUCACCAAGAUGCGCCCUCGCCGGCGGGCAGUUUCACAGCCGGCUUCGACAGGAUCCCCUUCAACCCUAUCACAUCUUCAAAUCUACAAAUCGGGAGUCUGGCCGCGGCUGAAUCAAGUUCUCCUCUGAGCAGCUCAUACGACAGCGCAUCACUUGGCGCCGGCCUGCACGAAACCCGGCCGCUUGUUCCUGGCGUCUACGUACCUACCAUGUGCUUCUUCGAGCCGGUUACGGAAAACGUGGACAUCGACACGGUUGCUCGCCAUGCAGUACGACUUGCUCAAGCGGGUGUGACCGGCCUGGCCACCCAGGGCUCCAACGGAGAAGCAGUCCAUCUCUCACACGCCGAGCGCCAACUCGUCACGGCAACAACGCGGCAGGCUCUCAACGACGCCGGGUUCUCUCACAUGCCCAUCAUCGUCGGCUGCGGAAGCCAGAGCACACGUGAGACGAUACAAUACUGCACCGAGGCAUGGGCUGCUGGUGGAGACUAUGCCUUGGUUCUCCCUCCAUCAUACUACGCUGGUCUCUUUGCUCCGUCAUCGGAAACCAUCUUCGAGUACUUUCAUGCGGUGGCUGAUGCGUCGCCGAUUCCACUCAUCAUCUACAACUUUCCUGGCGCAGUGGGAGGCAUGGAUUUGUCCUCCGACGUCAUUGUGCAGUUGUCUCAACAUCCUAAUAUCGUGGGUGUGAAGCUUACAUGCGGAAACACGGGAAAGUUGAACCGCGUCGCUGCUGCUACGAGAAAGCUAGCAAAGAACCCCAACUCAAAGAUUCCGGAAUUCCUCGUCUUGGCAGGUUCAGCCGACUUCUCUAUCCAGUCUUUGGUGGCUGGAGGUCAUGGCAUCCUUGCAGGCCUGGCCAACAUCGCCCCCAAGGCUUGCAUCAGAACCAUUGAGCUCUUUCAAGAGGCAAGACACCAAGAAGCUCAGGAUAUGCAAGAGACCGUUUCACAAGGUGACUGGACAGCGAUCCAAGGGGGUGUUGUAGGUGUGAAGGCCGGCCUCCAGGCAUGGCUGGGCUAUGGUGGCGUGGCCCGGAGCCCAUUGCCGAAGCCCACGGCCGAGCAGAUGAAGAAGUGGAAAGAGGGAUUCCGUGAACUUGUUGUUCUUGAGAAAUCGCUGUGA